UGAGAGGAGGUCGAGAAGGAGAGAUAAAUACAACUGCUGCAAAAUGUCUGAGAAGCAUUUACAAACCGGUGAUGCCUUGCCGCCGUAUGGUGGAAAACUUCGGCUGUUUGCUAUGAGGUUCUGUCCUUAUGCUGAAAGGACUGUGUUAGUGAUGAAUGCUAAGAAUUUGCAAUAUGAUACAGUUUUCGUGAAUUUGGAUCAUAAACCAGAAUGGCUUCUCAACUACAGCCCUAAAGGUACUGUACCAGCUCUUGAGUAUGAGGAGGGCAAAGGAAUCUUCGACAGCAACAUCAUUAAUUUCUACUUGGAUGAGAAGUACCCAGAUGUACCUCUGCAGUCCACUGACCCACUGCGCAGGGCUGAAGACAAAAUUAUUGUAGAACUCUUUGCUGGGGUUCAAUCAGCAUUCUACACUGCUGCCUACAAUUCACAAGCUCUGCAACCUAACAUGGUAGACACCUACCACAAGGGCCUGGAAGGUCUCCAAGACACCCUGAGAGCACGUGGCACCAAGUUCUUACAUGGAGAAACUCCAGGACUAGUAGACUACACCCUGUUCCCAUUCUUAGAGCGUUUUGAAGCCCUGCCACUGGUUGGCAAACCUGAAUUUGAGUUAGUCAAGUCAAAAUAUGAAUUAUUGGUGAACUACAUUGAAGCUAUGAAGGUCGUUCCUGCUGUUAAGCUGUACUACCUGUCUCCGGAGACUCACGCCAAGUUCAUCGAGUCACGUAACAAGGGCGACGCUAACUACAACAUGUUAGACACCAGCAGUGUUUGCUGCAUGCGCCCAAGGAAGAAGAAGGAAUAAAGGAAGAAUCCCUCGACUGAUAAACCAUGAACUAUUACGUAAUAUACACGAACGUC